AUGACGGAUAAAGAUGCCGGCAUUGUCACCGAGUCCAUCAGUGUCAAUAGCCAGGAUGGUGCCCCCCCAGCUCACCAAGAAGAUAACAUUCUGCUCCGGAAGCUUGGCUACAAGAGCGAGUUUAAACGGGAGUUCUCGCUGCUAGAGACCAUCUCAUUCUCGAUGGCUAUCCUGGCUGUAUCUUGUGGAGUCACUACCGGAUACUCCUAUCCUUUGCUUUCAGGAGGCCAUUUUGCCAUGGUUUGGGCAUGGCCCAUAGCAUGCAUAUUCGUCAUGUGUGUUGCUGCGUCGAUGGCAGAGCUAGCUUCUUCUAUGCCAACAAGCGCUGGGCUGUACUAUUUCUCAGCGAAAAUGGCUUCGAAGGAACAGUCCGCUCUUGCGUCUUGGAUAACUGGAUGGAGUAACAUCAUGGGCCAAGUAACCUUGAUCUGCUCCAUUAACUUCAGUUGCACGGAACUCAUCACCACAGCAAUAGCAAUGGGCACGGACGGCGCAGUGGCUAUCCAUCUCACACAAUUGAUAUUCUGCUCAGCUGGAACUCGUAUUCUCGCCCGAAUGACAGUUGUGAUUAUGGUACUCAUCCUGAGUACAUCGAUUGGGGCAAUUGUCUCCUUACUCGCUUGUGCUGGCGAUCAGAGAGUCUCAUCAAUGGAUGCGUGGACAAAGUUCGAGAACAAUACCGGAUGGAGUAAUAAUGUCUGGGCUUUCAUUCUCGCUUUCACAUCGCCAAUGUGGUCAGAAACCGCAGGAGCUGCACGUGCAGCACCUAUUGCGAUUUUGGUUGGGGUCGCCGGAACUGAGAUCCUGGGCUGGCUUUAUUACAUCGCUGCUUCUUAUGCUACCAACUCGGUUCCAGACAUUUUGCAGUCGAACCUAGCGCUCCCUCUUGGCCAAGUAUAUUUGAAUGUCCUGGGGAAGAAAGGUGCUCUGGCCCUCUGGUGCUCUAUCGCAUAUCUUUGCGGAUGCACACAAGCUGUCGACGCCUCACGCGUCAUUUUCGCGACGCAGACUCCAGUGAAUGCUGUAUGGUUUGCAAUGCUGCUCUCUGCCGUUUGUGGGAUAUUGGUAUUUUCCACGACAGCAUUUAAUUCAUUGGCAUCAGCGUCUGUAAUAGGUUUGUAUAUCUCAUACGUGACCCCUAUCUACUGUCGCGUUACCUGGGGAAAGGACAAACUACAGCCUGGUCCAUUCAAUCUCGGUUGGUGGUCUUUUCCGAUCGGCUGGAUAGGUAUUGUCUGGGUAGUAUUCAUGGUCGUCAUGCUACUCUUUCCAUACACACAGACAGCCAACGUGCAAACCAUGAAUUAUUCGGUAGUGAUCGUUUUGGUCGUCUUUAUAUUUGCCGGAGGGUCAUGGAUAUUCUCCGCGAGAUAUUGGUUCAUAGGACCCGUCCCGAACAUCGACACAUCGCCACGUCUCUACACCUGUGUUAUCUAUGAUAACGAUGCUCCAAUGAAGUUUGGAGCAACGCAAAUACCGUCCUUGGUACGGAUCCUGUGA